CCGAGUUCACUGACACUCAAAACCAAAUACCAGCACUCAGAGCGUGAAAAUGGAGGAAAUGGACGAAACGGAGGCCGAACAACAGGUCUACAUGGCGUGUAUUCUACAUGGCCACACGGUUGGUAUUUCUUAUUAUGAUUCAAGUAUUCGCCAACUUCAUGUGCUCGAAAUUUGGGAAGAUGUCAGCUCGGACUUCCCCCUGAUUGAUCUAGUAAAAUACCAGGCUAAGCCCCUGACCAUUUACACGAGCAGUAAAAGUGAAGAAUCCUUCAUAUCCGCUUUACAACGAAGUGAUGGCACCCCUGAGGCACCCACAGUGAAACUGGUGAAAAGUUCAAUUUUCAGCUAUGAGCAAGCAUGGCACAGAUUGAUAUACCUUCGAGUAACAGGAAUGGAUAAUGGGUUAAACAUCAAGGAAAGAAUUUGUUAUCUUAGUUCUAUGAUGGACAUGGGAAGUGAAAUUCAAGUUCGAGUAAGUGGUGGUCUUCUUGCCAUAUUAGAGAAUGAAAGGAUUGUGGAUGCCCUUGAGCAAAAGGAAUGUGGGAAUGCAUCAAUUACAAUUGAUGCUGUAACGAAAAUUUCAUUAAACAAAUUUCUCAAGCUUGAUGCAGCAGCUCAUGAGGCAUUGCAGAUUUUCCAAAUAGAUAAACAUCCAAGCCAUAUGGGCAUCGGUAGAUCAAAAGAAGGGUUCUCUGUGUUUGGCAUGAUGAAUAAGUGUGCGACACCAAUGGGUCAACGUCUUUUAAAAAAUUGGUUUCUGAGGCCCAUACUGGACCUUGAAAGAUUGAAUGGCCGUCUCAAUGCUAUAUCAUUCUUUUUAUGUUCUGAAGAACUGACGAUGUCUCUGUAUGAAACACUGAAGUCUGUCAAGGACAUUUCCCAUAUACUGAAGAAAUUCAACUCGCCAAGUUCAAUGUGUACUAGUGGUGAUUGGACAUCCUUUUUGAAGAGCAUUUGUUCAUUGUUGCAUGUUGAUAAGAUAUUUGAAGUAGGCAUAUCCGAAAGUCUGCGAGAGCAGGCCAAGUGCUUGAAUCUCAACAUCAUUGAGCAGUUGAUGAACUGCGACAAAUCUAUGAGGACUGCCAGAUUUUCUGCAGAAGGUUUCCUUGUUGGAACGCCACUUCCGCAUUUGAGUAAUGAGAAGCUCACUCCAUGUAUUGUUUUUUACAUCAAAUAUGGGGCGAGGGCACAUUUUGCAGGAAAUGAAACAGUGGAUGACCCAUUUAUCCCAAUGUACAAAGAGAUUGAAGAUGAAUUGGAACGGAUCAAUAUCAUCACCCUCGGUCCUAAUUAUUCAGCGGAAGACGUAAAUAUAUUAAAGCAGGUAGUAUGUGAUACUUUUCAUUUCACUGUUGUAACUGCGUCUUUCCGACUAAUAUAUGGUUAG